CAGCAAUAGCAUGGACAUACGCAAUGAUGUACGUGAACUUAAGGAGCUAGAAGACUGCGUUGUGAUAGAAGGCUACCUCCAGAUUCUACUCAUCUCCACUGCAAAGGCUGAGGACUUCCGGAACUUGCGCUUUCCCAAGCUUACCGUUAUUACAGAUUACUUGCUGCUUUUCCGGGUGUCGGGCCUGGAGAGCCUGAGUGACCUCUUCCCUAACCUCACUGUCAUCCGUGGCCGCAUUCUGUUUUACAACUAUGCCUUGGUUAUCUUUGAGAUGACAGAUCUAAAGGAGAUCGGACUGUAUAGCUUGCGGAAUAUUACACGGGGUGCUAUAAGGAUUGAGAAAAACUCCGACUUGUGUUACCUUUCUACGGUUGAUUGGUCACUGGUCCUGGAAGCUGUCUACAACAACUACAUCUCUGAGAAUAAACCACCAAAGGACUGUGGAGAUAUGUGUCCUGGCCCUGUGACUGGUAAGCAGGCCUGCCGGAAAACAGUGAUUUACGAGGAAUAUUCACACCGCUGCUGGUCAGCCGAGCAUUGCCAGAAAGUGUGCCCAAGCGAGUGUGGGAGACUUGCCUGUACAGACGAGGGCGACUGUUGCCAUCCGGAAUGCCUGGGAAGCUGUACUGCUACACACAACGAUAGCGCCUGUGUGGCUUGUCAACACUUCUACCACGAACGCAGAUGUGUCCCAAGCUGUCCUGAGAACACCUACAGCUUUCAGGGAUGGCGUUGCAUCACUUUGGAAGAAUGUGCCAACAUGCACACGAUAUAUAAUGCACCAAACCGGUUUAUCCUCCACAAAGGGGAGUGUGUGGACGAAUGUCCAUCAGGAUACAGAGUGAAUGAAAAUCAAAGUAUGUUCUGCAUUCCUUGUGAGGGCCAUUGUCCUAAAGUCUGCAUCGAGGAGAAGACCAUUGACUCUGUCACCUCAGCGCAGAUGCUGGAAGGAUGUACAGUGCUGCAAGGAAACCUGUUGCUUAACAUCCGCAAAGGCCAAAACAUUGCUGCAGAGCUGGAGAACUUUAUGGGUCUCAUAGAGACGGUGACUGGCUAUGUGAAAAUCCGCCACUCUCAUGCUCUGGUUUCCCUGUCUUUCCUGAAAAGUCUGCGUUACAUCAAUGGAGAGAACCUUACUGAUGGGAAUUACGCCUUUUAUGUUCUGGACAACCACAAUCUACAGCAACUAUGGGACUGGUCGAAACACAGCCUCACCAUCAAAACAGGCAAGAUGUAUUUUGCAUUUAACCCAAAGCUGUGCGUAAAAGAGAUAUACGAUAUGGAAAACGCCACAGGAACAGGAGGACGGCAGACAGAUUUGGACAUAAAUCCCAGGAAUAAUGGAGAUCGAGCAUCUUGUGAAAGUCACACACUGAACUUCAUAUCCAACAGCACACAGAAGAAUCGGAUCAUGCUGACCUGGGAGAGAUACAGACCCCCUGAUUACAGAGACCUCAUCAGCUUUACGGUCUACUAUAAAGAGGCUCCUCUUCCCGAUGUGACUGAAUAUGAUGGUCAAGAUGCAUGUGGGUCAAACAGUUGGAACAUGCUGGAUGUAGACCUACCACAGAGCAAGGAUAAGAACCCAGGGGUCCUUCUUCAGGGUUUGAAGCCCUGGACUUCCUAUGCAAUCUUUGUCAAAGCCCUCACUCUGACCAUGGGGGAGAAUCAUCACAUUCAUGGAGCAAAGAGCAAGAUUAUAUACAUCCGCACAGAUCCUGCAGUUCCCUCCAUUCCACUGGAUGUCAUCUCUGCCUCCAAUUCUUCAUCCCAGCUGAUUGUGAAGUGGAAGCCUACCUCUUUUCCAAAUGGCAACUUUUUGUAUAGAUUAUAUGUAUCAGAAUAUAACUUGCAGGGCAAGCUCGUAAGGGAGAGUUUCUGGUGUUCAUUGUCCGGAUUUUAUGGGUCUUUUUCAGAUAUAGUGCCUAGUCGAAAAUAUGCCAACGAGACAAUUGAUGCAGAGGGUGGGAAGGAGCCCACCAAGACCGAUUCUGGAGGAGGGCGAGAGAAGGAGGGCGAUAUGUGCUGUGCUUGCCCCAAAACUGAAGCACAGAAGAAGAAAGAAAAAGAUGAGGCUGAGUACAGGAAGAUGUUUGAGAACUUCCUACACAACUCCAUCUUUGUACCCAGACCGGAUCGUAGACGACGUGAUGUUUUUGGUACGGCAAAUGCAACACUGUCUGGAGAUGACAAGAACAGCACCACACAAGACUUCUCGAACGUGUCUGACUCUGAACCGAAGGGAAAGGAGUAUCCAUUCUAUGAAACAAAAGUGGACUACAAGCAUGAGAGGACAGUUAUUUCAAACCUGCUGCCGUUCACUCUCUACCGCAUUGAUAUCCAUAGCUGCAACCAUGCAGCGGAGAAGCUUGGCUGCAGCGCAUCUAACUUUGUCUUUGCCAGAACCAUGCCUGCAGCUGAUGCUGAUAAUAUACCUGGAGCAGUUAUCUCUGAAGAAGAAGAAGACAACGCAGUCAUCUUAAAGUGGCCAGAGCCACCUAAUCCCAAUGGACUUAUUCUGAUGUAUGAGAUUGAAUUCAAGCAGGGUGAGCAACGCAUCAAAAAAUGUGUUUCCAGACAAGACUAUAGUAACUUGGGAGGUGCCAAAUACACACAGCUUAACGCCGGCAACUAUACUACGCAGGUGCGCGCCAUUUCGCUCUCUGGAAAUGGUUCCUGGACGGAUUUGGUGUCAUUCUUUGUAAAGGAGAGACGUAACUAUGACAACCUCAUGCACCUGGCUGUGGUCCUUCCAGUCACUAUAGUUUUAUUACUCGUGACCAUCUUUGCUGUUGCCUGCUAUGUCACCAAAAACAGGAACAGUGACCGACUAGGAAAUGGAGUGCUGUAUGCAUCAGUGAAUCCCGAGUACUUCAGUGCAGCAGAAAUGUAUGUGCCCGAUGAGUGGGAGGUUCCUCGAGAGAAGAUAAUCAUGAACCGUGAGCUGGGGCAAGGCUCAUUUGGCAUGGUGUAUGAAGGAAUUGCGAAAGGGGUAGUAAAAGAUGAGACAGAGACUAGGGUAGCCAUAAAGACAGUGAAUGAAGCAGCUAGCAUGCGAGAGAGAAUAGAGUUCUUAAACGAAGCUUCGGUGAUGAAAGAAUUUAACUGCCAUCACGUGGUCCGUCUAUUAGGUGUUGUUUCCCAAGGUCAGCCAACACUUGUCAUCAUGGAGUUAAUGACUCGUGGAGACCUCAAAAGUUACCUGAGAUCACUAAGGCCGGAUGCUGAGAACAAACCUGGGCAACCUCCCCCCUCCCUGAAGAAGAUGAUCCAGAUGGCAGGAGAGAUUGCAGAUGGGAUGGCAUACCUCAAUGCAAACAAAUUUGUUCACAGAGACCUUGCUGCCAGGAACUGUAUGGUCGCAGAAGACUACGCAGUGAAAAUUGGAGACUUUGGAAUGACCCGAGACAUCUAUGAGACAGACUAUUAUCGUAAGGGAGGGAAAGGUCUCCUUCCGGUGCGCUGGAUGUCUCCAGAGUCACUCAAGGAUGGAGUCUUCACCAUUCACUCUGAUGUCUGGUCUUUUGGCGUUGUCUUAUGGGAGAUCGCCACCCUGGCAGAACAGCCAUACCAUGGCAUGUCCAAUGAGCAGGUUCUCCGCUUUGUUAUGGAAGGCGGACUCUUAGAGAAGCCAGACAACUGUCCAGAUAUGCUGUUUGAGUUGAUGCGCAUGUGCUGGCAAUACAACCCUAAAAUGAGACCCUCUUUCCUGGAGAUAAUCAGCAGCAUUAAAGAUGAGCUUGAGCCAUCCUAUAGGGAGGUGUCAUUCUUUUACAGCGAAGAGAACAAACCGCCAGACACGGAAGAAUUAGACCUAGAGGCAGAAAACAUGGAAAGCAUUCCAUUGGACCCAUCUUGUACCUUGCAGACAUCAGAACAUCAUGUGGGACACAAGGCAGAAAACGGUCCUGGCGUAGUUGUCCUCAGGGCAAGCUUUGAUGAGAGACAACCAUACGCACACAUGAAUGGGGGGCGCAAGAACGAGCGAGCGCUACCUCUGCCACAGUCCUCAGCCUGCUGAUCCAGGCUUGUGGUCUGACGGACACUUGUGGAAACACAGCCCCCUGGUGUACCUGUAGGACAUAACCCACAGGAGGCUUCCUCCAAAUCAGUGCAAACACUAAUCCACUUUCUGUCUUUGGUUUGACUUCAGCCUCCUGCUGCGUUGGCACUGCUGUACGUGCUUACGGAUGGCUCUAGUAAGUCAGACCAGUGCCCUAACUUACUUUUGUGUGACACGGUAAGUGUAUACUUGCUCUUGCACACUACAAGGCUGAAAGCACUUCUUUUGCAUCAUGUUUGGGCCAGAUGGAAACAAACUACUUUUCACUUUUGGCUCACUAUAAAAAAAAAGGACAUGUUUAGUAAAGGUAAAGCAUAUUGCAACCCAGAAAUCUAUUUAAUUCUGCCAGUCUUUGCCAAAUAGAUUUUUUUUUUUUUUUUACAGCAUGGACAGUACGGAUGUAUGAAGUCACUUUUCAUAUCACAAAGCCCAUGCACACCUUCUUCUGUUUUUUGUUUUGUUUCCCCUCAUCCAGUGGGGAAGUCUUUAUGGAGUAAUCAUCUUAUAUAUGGAUUUUUUUUUUUGAGGCGAUUGAUGAGGCGAAAUCAGUCUUGCUUUGUGCGCAUGGAAAUAACAUAUAUUAUAUGUAAAUGUAAUAUAUGUUAUAAACAUGACCUGGAAGAACCUAGCAAGAAGUCUGUUACAAAAAUGGAUGACCGUGUGCUGCAAAGCCACAGUUUUCAGGAGAUCAUUGGAAGAGGCAACAAUUACCAUUUU